AGGAAACGCCCGUCUCCCACACACUUAACGAGCUAACAAGCAUUCAAUAGCGAAGUAGGAAAGUUGUGAACCACCCACAAGCUGACUACACACACCUAAAGAGCUAGCAUCUCGCUUGCAAUAUUCUAGAAGAAUACAAAGUACCAGAAAAAUCGCGCAUUUAGGUCCUGUCUGAAGAAAACCAAAAGUUACAUUUAUAAUAAACGUGUGCAAACGUCACCACAUUUGGUCAUGGACGCCUGGCUAUUCCAACAAGAAGAGGACAGAGUUCUUUAUCGUGUAUUUUUCCAGACAGAGUGUUCAAUCACUCACAUCAAGAAUAAUGGCCCAUAAUUUUCUAUGGCUGAAACGGAAAGCCAUGAGUUGCUUCCGGCCCAAGGGUUUGUUCUCGGCGCAUUGGCGUGCCGAGCUCAGUCAUCGCAUGUUGUUGCUUGCAUUUUUUUGUGCAGGUACAUGUAUGAUUGCCGGAGCGCGGAACCUAGUACAACGUCGAAGGGUCGCAUCGGCAGUAGCGGUGAGCUCCAACAUAUGGAAAGAAAAAACUGUGUAAGUUCGUUGUGUCUGGCGUAAAUCUGCAAUGCCAAGUAUGCCGCAUCACAUUCACAGUUACACUUGCCAUGCUGAUGCUUGCCAGCCAUAAAGUCUUCGUUUUAUUUACUUGUCAUUUGUUUCAUUAUUUGUUUUCACAUAGUACUGUUGAUACUAGCUGUGCCUGUGCAUGACAGGCUUUGUUUCUGUGUCAACAUGCAGAACAGAUUCAUUUGUCAUGGUGUCAUAUCAUAUCAAGGCAGCAACAUGAACACAGACACAGUUCUUUUCUGGGAUACAACACGAGCUCUACAACUUUAGACGCUGCGAAUACGCUCUACGACGCUGCGAAUACGCUCUACAACUUAGACGGCGCGCGGCCAGCAAACAGCUCUACAAACGCCGUUCUGGCAGAUGCGAAAGAAGAGAUGAUCCCGCCGGUCAAGCAGUCCAGUGGGCUGCGCGAGAAGCACUUGAACGCCGCCUCGCUCUUUCUCUUGCAGCCGACGGAGCGCGGCGCGUUUACGAACCUCCACUCGAUGGACCCGUACGUGGCCCACCAGCGCACCGAUGUCGGGAAAUUGCGGUGCCGUAAGACAGAUUCGCUCGCGCACGUUGCCAUGAAGAUCCAACAAAUCUACUUCACGGUGGUGUGGGAAAGUUUCUCCGGCGAGGGCAACGACGGCUUGUGGACGCAGCAGACGACCCACCCGGACGUGUUUAACUUCAUGGACUUUCGCCUGGAAUUUUCCACCGCGCUGCGCCGGUGCCUGGAGGUUGUGGCGGAAAAUGGGUGGUUUGCGGCUGUGGACGCCUUCGGAGACGCGCUCGAAGAAGUGGAGCAGGCCACAGACCGCCCGUUGCCAGGCACCCCGUGCUCGUCGAGCCGCAAGGUGCCGAAAAGGGGCUCGAAGGGCGCGACUGUGGUCAAUCGCCGCGGAAAAUUGUACAAGUUUCGCGACCGACACGAACGCGACGUAUCCAUUGCAAGUAUGUCUGUGUGCGUGGAGCACUGCAGGGUUUUGUCAUGCAUGUUUUGGAUCACAUCACAGCAAAUUGGGAUGGUGAAGAUGGUCUUCUACUGGAAUGCAUGCGAAAGCAUGGCGCGUUUCGCUCUGGGCUUUGUUUUGAUGCCUGCGCCGCACGAGAUGUUCGCCAAAAAUGAUAACUUGCGUUACCACAAGAAAAAGAGAAGAUUAUGGUAUUUGCGAGUUCUUUUGGCCGUCGUGGAACACAAUUUUUUGUGCAGUCCAGACCCAGACGAGCUUGCCUCCAGUCCUACCUUCAUCCAGAUCCAGGCAUAUUUGCAACGCAUAAGCGGUUGUCGUGUACGAUGCCGGGCAUUUCCGCGAGAUGUCGAGGUGCCACCUCGUGCAGAGCGAGUGGUCGCGGCUGAAGUUGUUCAUCGGGCUCAGCAAGUGGGUCAAUCCAGGGAAGGACAGGCUGCGCAGUACCGUCGACCGGACAUCGUUUCUCGAGUUUCCGGAGGAACAGCCGGAGCUCGAGCGCAGCGCCUACGCGACCGUCAGCCGGGCGGGCGAUCCUGUGUUUCACCCGGAACUUUCGAGGAAAACACAUGGAGAUCUUACUAGCGAUAUGAGAGUGAAAAGUGCCCCAGCACCACCGGAAGACCGAGCAGGUUGUUCCGCGCGGGAACUUUAUUUAAUAAAUUGCAUGAAUGCCAUGCAUGGAAAUGGAAUGCGAUACGUUUUGCUUCAGAAGCUAAGCCACUACUUACUUAUGCAACUUCACCAUGUUGUUGUUGAUAUUGACACGACACAUCACUCAAGAUACUGUGGCACUGCGCAACUGCAACUGCAACACGGACUUUCGCUACUCUGAGUCGAAAAUUUGUCAUACUGCUACGUGCUGCAGGGCGUGGGCUGCAAAUGCUUUCAUUGGGAGCUUUUGCCAUGCAAGCGCUUCCACAUUCUGGGAGGGGGGCGCUUUUCAACGUGAUAAGCGAAGACAAGCACCACUUAAGUGCAAAAGAGAGAAGAAGCGGGAGCAGGAGUAGGCACGGACAGAACGUCCGUCUCGGUGAAGAUGUUCAAGUGCUAACGCCAGAUUCAUUGAGAGCAGGGACGGAAGAUGACCAGGAGCACGCAGGGACGAGCAGCAGCUUUUUCGAAAGGGGGGAUCAACUACAUGUGGACGACGAGCAAGAGGAGGAUGUUGAGAGCGAUAGCGCCGAGGACGAGUUUGUUGGUGAUGACAAGGCCGAGAUGAACAACAUGCGCAAAAGGACAAUGAAAACAUCGCCGAAAGUAGUUGACCAGAGUUCCGUUUUGGAAGUGCAGCAAAAGCAGAAAAUCACUACCGAUGCUAUGCUAAGGUUGAAAACAAUCCAGCACGACUUUAAGCGCCUGUGUGGGUACCAGCACUGGUGGCGCGACGAGUUUCCGAACUUGUACAAUCCGCUGAUUGCAUUCUACACGCACGUGGUACUGGAAGGCAAGGAACUCACAGAGGCGGACCCGGCGACCGGGAAACCGGGGCCCAACCUGUUCGAGGGCUUCUACCACCUGUUGCGCAUGCACCUCAAGCAAAUGCUGGCGCGGCAGCGGCUCAAGCGCGCCGCUCUGUACGCGGAGGACGUCGUGUAUUCCCUGAAAAUCAAACCAUCCCCAUUCAGUUUGUGAUAAAAAGCAUUAACAUGGAGUAAACGCAAAGUCGACUUCUAUUCUUAUCUUUCAAAAGGUGGACGGGGCGGAUGGUUAAUUUUCAGGGGAUAUUGUAGCGGUGCUCGCGGACCUGCCCGAGGUGUUUCAGGAGCAGCAGUACUUGCUGUGGAGCGAAGUGCUGAAAAAACGGCAGAUCUUCGACCGCGCGCGGAUCGUGGCCCAGAAGGCCUUCAUGAAGUCGGACCCCAUGUUCACGCGGGCGAUGAAGGCGAGUCAGGAGUCCUACGGGUGCACGGACGGGAACUCGGUCUCGCAGUGCCUGAAAACCUGGGCCAACUUUCCCGACAUCGCCGUGAAGCAGCAAUCCGAAUAUGCUGCGAAGAUGACCGUGAUGUUCCGGCGCAAGGUAUCCUGAGGAAAAGCGAGGCCCCUACCCCAGAGCCAAGAUGGGAAUUGCGCAGGACAAAUUCAAUAAAUCCGAAACUUUUAUUGGCUGUUAAGCACGCAUGAGAAUUUUGGUUCUGCAGUCUAGUCGUGUGUAGAAGCUACUCCAGCCGCAUUGCCAAUCAGCGCCAUUAUCCUGAUUAGCUCACCACAGAUAGAUUCCCAAACACCAUGGAGCCGCAUGAGCAUCAUGCAAAUGUGAAUGACAGCUCGGGGGUGCUGGGGAAGUUUUUACAUAGGAUACAAGGAGCUGGAAUUCAGCAUCAUCCAGAGCGGGAUCCGGCUUCCCGACCUGUUUGCGGACCUGAAGAUGGCGCUCGCACGGUUCAUCAACUUCCAGAUCGUCGUGUACUUCGACGCACUGCGCGUACAUCUGGACCUGCCCAGCAAUGAGUUUCCGGACCUGAUCCAGGCCCCGCUGGCGAAGGACUUCGGGGGCGCCGGGGUCGGCAACGCCGCUGCGCCGGGCGGCGACGCGUCCCUGGCCGACUACGUCCGCCUGACGCCCCCGCGGGAAUUGCUGCAGCUAUCGGGAAAGUACGCGGGCAGGGAGGGCACCGUGAGAGCGUGGACGCGGACGGCGCACGUGCAGGAGCUGACAGAAAAGUUCCACGGGCCGGGCUGCUUCAAGGACUGGUGCUUGUCGGUGUACGUGCGGGACCACCAGCGCAUCUCGAAGGUAGCGGUUGGUCAAACCUCGUGGCAAACACAGCGUGGCAACAAGGGAGAUGACGCAGCUUUGCAGGACCACGAUGCGCGUCCGACUGUGGCUCUGUGGGAGGUCGGCUGUGCAUCCUCUGUCCCCCGCAACUACUUCCUCCUCACAGUUGAGGGGAGCUCGACGGACCUGUUCCUGCAGAAUCACAACCACGGUUCGUCGAGCAGCAUUGCGGUCGGUUUGCAAGGGCGAAGAUCCCAACUGCUACCAGCAGUGGCAGGGGAAGGCGAACGUCGUCGGCGAUCACCGUCCUCGGCUUCUAUCAGUACAAGAGCACCAUUGCCGCACGAGGGGUCGUCAGACGCAAACAACGCAUUUUCAAUGCUGGAGAAGCCAAGGCCUCUGCUUUCUUCCGACGCAGAUCGACGCCACGACGACGAGUUCGAUGAAUCGGAGAGUACGAGCAUCAACGCUACAAUCUCAUCCUCGCACGCUGGUAGCUCCUUCGCGCAGUCCUUUAAGGGCCUCAGCAACGUUCUCAGCGGGACACUCCGCGGUCGAGGAAAAAGCGAGGCGCUCAACCAGCAGCAUGGAUGGGUCGCCUGGCUGAAAAAGUCCAAACUUCAUCCCGGGGCGCCGCUCUCAGGUGACGCCUCCCAGCCUGUGUGGACCACAACAAAUAUGAAAAUUCGGAAGGACGACGACGUUUUUCUGAAGCAAGGAUCGAUAGAGGACGUUGGUACCUACUACUUUCACUUUUUGUUUCGUACAUUGUCUCGUUGAGGGUCUGCUCUUCGAACAGAAGCUAGAAGACUGCAGACACGAGCAGAGAGAUGUGUGCAAGCACGAGCGCUAAGGCAAAGAUAGAUCUGGCUUCAGUGUCAUCAGUCGAAAUAUGAUCCAGUAAAGAGUCUUCAACUUGAACCAAGUACAAACAAUCAAACACUUUUUCCUUGUUUUUCCUGCAGGUGUCACCGAGGACAUGUGCCGCGCAAAGGUGGAGCAGAUGGACAGUGAGACGAAGGAAGUAAAAUUGAUUCCGUACGAAUCCUACACGCGAAGCGACCUCGGACAGAUCUCCGACAGUUUGAAUUCAAAAAACGUUUACCGAAUCGGAUCUGGCACGGCGAUCGACCCGCUGAACACCGCCUACGUGGCCUUGAACCCCAAACCAUCUCGCGUACAGACGCAGAGCGGCUCGUCAACGUCUUUCAGUUACCACGAGCCAGCCGGCGGGGUGUCCUUUCGAGUGCAACAGAAAAUUGUGCGAGGGGACAAGAGCGUACGCAAGGAGCAAACCGUGCUGAUGCCCUGGGUUGCCGAGUGGGCCACGCCCGAGGCGCGCGACCGGCUCUGCCUGUUGCUCGUCCGGCAGAAAACAGGCAUCGACGUGCCCGCGGUAGGUGCGUGCGACGAGAAAUUGGGUAGCAAAUGGACUCACGCAGGCGCGCGCGCCGUGUUUGCGCGGCAAGAGAGCGUCGACAAGCGCAACUCACAAUUUUGCGCCACCAUACCGGGCGGCUCGACUCGUUGCGUCUGGUGGAAGGCGCAACCAAACCCGCCCUGUGCGAGAUUCUUUCUCAGGACCACAAGUAUUCUUGGGGAGCACUACAGCAAGGACGUUUACCCGGCGGUGUACUUGAGGCUGCUUGGCGCGCACGGGGGGACGAGCGCCAAUCUGCAAGGAGACAUCGCCAAAGUGCAAAUCACCUCGGCGACCGGCACCACCGAGACAAAAGAAGUGCGGGUACAAGGGGUAGGCCUUUACCGCGCACAGCUGCGCGUGGGGUUGGGUGGGAGCCUUUCGUGGUCACAGAAAACUCGGCAGCAAAGCACAAAAUGUCGCACCGGACUGGCGCGCGUGGGAGCCUUCGCGAUGGAGGCUGAAGAUGACCUCGCGCCGGCGCGCCUCGGCGCGGGGGCGGACCACGCGGCGGCUGCGCAAGAGGUACACUGGAAUCCUGCGUUUGACAGCACGCAGCGGUGGAAGCACUGGAGAGCGAUGAUCACGGAGGUGCGGCGGCCCGAGCACGAAAUUAUCACGGAGUUCGCGCAAACGGCGAUCGAGUUCUCGCACGCAUUUGGGAAGUACGAACUGAUGCUGGGGCUGAGUGGCGCCCCCGCGCAGAACUUCGGUUUCGGUCUGCAGUAUCGGGUCGCCUCGGAAAGGAAGCGCGACGUUACUCUGAAAAUGGUGGCGGCCCUGCAGGAGCAGGCGGCUGCCAAGCGAAAGCGCACUGCGGUCCAGCAUGAUCAGGGCGGCGCAGGAGAGCAGCACGGGGUCGACCACGCCGGUCAAGGUGGUCAUGACCACCAUGCCUCCGUCGGGACGAACGUACUCGGCGGGGAACGGCACCUGCCGACCUCCUACCGGAUCGCCGAGGGCCACAUGCACGGCCGGAACAAAUUUCUUCCUGAUUCAUGGGACGCCGAGGGCAUCGAGAUGUACUUCCUGCUACACGAAGCCUUUCAAAAGAUGCUUGAUAUCACUGUCCUUGGAUUUCAGCUCUUCGAGUUCAUCACCCUAUGAGAGUUCACAGCUCCUCCCAUUUCGCUCCUCCGAAUUUGAAAAGGAUGGACUUGUGACGGCAGGGACUACAUCAAGUGUGAGAGUUUAGCUUGCUCUGCACUUUUUUUACGAAGGAGCAAGAAGAUGAUCCACGCCCACCGAGGAUCAUAUUUGUAUAAAUAUAUUCUUAUUCUGACUGCUGUAGUUCGAGCUUCCCAACGUCAACUUGUCAACCUGAAUUUAGCUGCACAGUAACAGUGAGGAAAGUUAUUUAAUGCAAGAAUGAUUGAUGCAGUUGUCGGUAUGGUAUCUUGUUCUCGCACGAAGUCGAAAACUCCGGUUGAGGAGUCGAUGGGGGGAGCUGUUCCAUGUAAUAUAUGAAUCCCGCCAAUGGCAUCAUCAAGGAGACGCCCUUGGUUGAGGCCCUUAAGACACUAACUGGCUCGGGGGCCAGGAGCGAGCUUGCACAACAUAUACUGGACUAUGCCCUGCACGGGAACGAGCAUCUCGGCAAGAUUUUGGGCAACAUCGCGAAGUUCCACCACAUGUACAGCAACUUUGGUUCCAUGAUAACGAAUGUGGUGAUUGUGGGCGGCGGAGCCAUGGUCUACCACGGAAUGGACAAGUAUCCUGAGGAAAAACGUCCCCACCCCAGAAUUAUGACGCAGACCACCUGCAUGCUGAUGCUGAAAAUGUUUCUCAUGCGGAGCCCCAUGAGAAGCGUUUUCUAGUCGUGUCUCGGAAUUUGUCAUGCUCCAAUUAUCUAUCAGCAUGAUGCGCUAGGUAUGUGAUGCUGCUGAACUACCUAAACAGGACUACACUACGGGGCCAAACUUGUCAUGCAUAACUCCGGCAGUAGGAGUAGCACAGUCUGUUUAUGUGUAUGUCAUGCAUAACUACUUCCAAAACUUGGAGAUUUGUGUUGCAGAUUUGCCAACUUGGCUAUGGUGUGCUGACGUUUUUACACAGUAUAACACGACGGCUUUUUUCACUGCCGGUUGGACAUUUUGGUCCGACGCGGUGUACACAAAGCUUUUUGGAAUCGCAGCGUUUUCGGUAAACCGCGGUGGACUGGGGGCGAUGGGAUUUUUAGCGGGCGGAGCCAUGCUAUAUGGUGUUUUUGGAUUUGGUGCUGCUGCGGUGACGACGGCAGCAGUUGCUUUUGCUCUGCUGGUGAACGAUAUGUUUUUCACAUUUGUUCCCGUUCCGCCAGCCUCGCACUUCCUCGUGGAACAGCGGAUGGAAGUUUACAAGAAGCGCGACCGCGCCUACGUAAUUGCGGCGCUGCCUAUCGCCCGACCGCUCUUGAAAUCCCACUUGGGCCUGACCAAUGGCGGGAUGGGACGGGGAAGUGCCGGCAACUCGCGAGAUGUGGACCAGCGCGGCCAACCGAUGUGGUCCGGGGCUAAAUGGCUGCGCGGUCCGGUUGGAACGUUUUCUGCGACGCAGUCCUACGGUUUGUGGAAGCCCCUCGGCGUCUCUCGUGACGUCGAGGACGCGGAUUUACUGAAGGGCGGUAGGAGCAGCCGCGACAAGGCCGCCACGACCGCGGACCUCGUGGGGAACCUGAUUGUUUCGCGAUGCACUGAAGCUGGGAGUGGCGCAAAGUGUCGCAGUUUCGGGACCUUUCUCCCCGUAUCAAAUGAAAAUAUGUCUGCGUCUGGACGCUCGCAGAUGUUUGUGAUGCAGGCUUUGCAUGGCACUGCCCCACAAGGUCUGGCAUGCAGGAACCACCGUCGCGAGUCAUGCAAGAGCUCUGCCAUGCCAACUCUGUACCUAUGAGAAACGCGGCGCGGCCAAAAAUAGCCAGCCUGUGCGACUCAUGCAUAUAAGUACAGAUUGUUCUGUAGAUGGCAGAGAGCAUUGCGUAACUGGCAGAAGGAUGAAAAAGCCCCGCUCCCGGCUAGCAGAGCGAUCGGCCGACGAGGUACGUCGGGGGACGUCGUUACAUCGAUCAACUGGCAGAGAGCAUCACAACUUUGCAUCACAAGUUUGCAUGUCAUUUUAAGCGUCGCAUUUCAGGAUCACAAGUUUGCAUCUUUCCAGACCUAGACAUGUUUGCAAUGUACAACCUGCGGCUGCCGCGGAAGUCCUGAGCGCCGCAGAGGCGGACGCCGCAAACGCCGCACAGGUCGACCUGAACGGAGACUCGGCGAUUGCGCCUUCGCAGCGAAAAGCCGGAAGGAAGACCGUGUUUGCUUCACCGCACGCGGACCUCCUCGGCAGCGCAAAUAAUGUGUGGACCAUGCGGUUUGUCAAAAUGGCCCCCAGUCACAAAGACCGCUGGCCCGAUCUGGCCUACUUCCCAUACUAUCAGGAGAUCCCCGACAGCAGCGCUGCUGUCACGGUCGACGAAGAAAACAACCCAAAGCCUCCUGCUGCACGGACAGCGAAAUACUUACCCCACGGCUACGUCUAUAACAUCGCACCGGAGUCCUGGGCUGGACAGGUGCUGGAUAGCGCAGUCGUAGGCCAAGACCGGAUGGCGCGCAACGUGUACGCGGUCGAGCGCGAAUUAAACCGCCUCCUGUAUACAAUGAUUUCCGCGUUCCCGAACGAGAUCCGGCUGUCGCAGGCAGGAAGUCGGGCAUUCGGGUCGGAAACGGACAAGGCGCGGUCUGAUUUGCAGCAUUCCCUUGACGAGAAGGCCCUGGGAGUCGAAGGGGUCCUGCAGCCCCGAAACGGCUUCGUGAAGCAGAUGCCGGCUCUCGUAAACGGCCGCGCGUGCCUUUCUGCAGUUGGUGGCGACGAGAGCAACGCAAAAGCGCAGCGCUGGUCUAAAAACAGUGACCUCGGAGCGGACAACCACGACCCUGAAAGCGGUGGGCGGCUGCUGGUCCCGGUUGAUCUUUUGCACAACGACAAGGACUAUCAAAUGCAAAUAUGAAGAGGUCUGUGUCUGGAAUAAUGCAAGUUUUGUCAUACGUGGCCACCAUGACUCCCCAGUCUGUUAUGCGUGCUACCGAAAAGCCCAAGCCGCGUUCUUCUGUCGUGCAAAAAGGCAGUCAUCUCUGGCAUGCAGAAACAGGAUAGGUAACAGCUAGUAACCGAAGCACUUGACAUGCAUGGCGGUCAAAAAUUGAGAUGAGGCUUCUCUCGCCCUCUUGAUGCUCCAACUUGCAUCAACGAAAAGAAAAAACGUGCAUCACCAUGCUGUUCUGGGGUCUGCGGUGGCUUGCUGCCAAUGGAUCCCCGGAAAAGUGGCUCGCCGGGCAGUCAUUAUUUUAAUCAUCAGAAGUUUCCAGACCCAGACAUAUUUGCAAUGCAUAAGGACAAAAUGACCUGGCUCGGAUCGAUGGGCGUCAUCGGAUUCAACAAACUUUUCAGCCGAAAGUUGGCGAAGACCCUUGGUCUCGAAGCUGACCCGUCGAGUUGUGUAGAUUCGGAGCUACGGGCCGCCGAACAAACUGGCACCGCCAUCAUGGGAAGCCUAUUUUUUCGCGGACCGUGGCGGUCGCACGGCGUUCUGAGCGUCAAGGCCUCGACCGGGGGCGGCUUUGUGGUUAACAGGUGGGCGUUCGCGCCGGCUGCUCGGCCACGGGAUGUUGGCUUGUCUCCCUCUUCGGUGGAUGCGUCACCAAGCAGCUGGCUCGCCCAAAAGGUGAGCAUUAGCUGCGAACAACUGGUGCAACUGGAUCAGCAGUACCUUCGGCCAUAUUUUACGGCGCGGUUCACUUCGAAGAACGGGCGCUUUGGCUCCUUCUUGCGGUUUCUAUCUGUGCGAAGCUGGGCCACCGGAAAGGUGGAUCACAUGCGCAUGUACAGACCGUAUCAAAUGCAAAUAUGUCCGGAUGGUCUGGAAGAAUGCAGUAGAGGUUUUCGCUGAUGCAGCCUUUGCAUGACCAAGAAGAUCUGGCAUGCACGGCCUAGCAUCACAGGACUUGAGACGGAGGUGUCUUAAUAGAUACGUAAGGCGGAUGACAGUUGGCCAGGAGCAGGAACGUGCAGCUUUUGGUUUCCAUGCAUUGCAAGACAGAUUUUUGUUUCCAUGCAUUGCAAGAACGUGCUGAGAAAUGCGGAUCAUUCCAGACCCACAGACAUGUUUGCAAUGCAUAGUCCGCCACCGCUGUGUGCUUGCAGGAACGCGACCUCUGCGUCCUUUCUUGGGGCCGCUGUUCGCACCGUGACCCGGUGGUCCGAGCAGCACCUGAGCAUGGGCUGCGGGGGCGAGGUACCGUGGCGGGGCAAGGGCAGCGUCGGCGCGAACACCAGGAUACCGGACGACCUAAAUGGCGGCUUCACGCUACAAACGGGGCUCACGCUAAAUAGCGAGAUGACGCUAGUACAGGACGACGGCAAUCAUGGCGGGGGCACGCUACAAAGCGGGAGCCCGGAGGAGGAAGCAGCAUUGGUCCAUUACUGGCUGGAGGAGGUGUUGACGCUUCUUGGCCCCGUGUUUCUUCUGCCCUUCGAGAUUCGCAACGUCGUGACGGCGGUCCUUACUCCAAGAAGCGGCUCGCUGGGAGAGAGCUCCUUCAAACCGGACACACGGUACGCGGAAAGGGUGGUCUGUGCCAUGCAGAACCCAGACGGGUGGCGCAACGAAGAUGCCGAGGUGUCGUGGUACACCUUCAGAACCGACGGGGGGCAAAAGGAAGAGGAGGUCACGCUGUCGUAUGAAGCACUGGACUGCGUGCAUGCCAAGAUGGCAGCGGAGCUGCAGGCACACAAGUAUCAGGCAAACACGUUCAACCGGCGCAAGGCGGCGUCCAUCCACCUGCGUGAAACCACGCUGCAGCUCCCCGGACUUCCGCAGUCCACGGAGCGAGCCGGGACCUGGCGGUGGCCCCAGUGCGAAGAGGCGACCGAUUUGUUCAGCUUCGGAUUCUUCGAGAACCGGGGUAACAAGCUGGAAAUCAGCACCGGGAUGCAGGCCUGGGUGGAUGCUACGUCCGUGCUGUGGCCCAGUGCGGCGGAUUUUGUCCGGUAUCUGAAGCAGAACGCCGACCGCUGCUCGUCCAACCGACUUCUGAACGCGUUUCCAUACAACGCCGCCGGCUCGGUGUGUGGUGUGGAGUCCGAUUUGCACGGAUGUAUUACUCUUUCCAUUGAGGAGGCAGGCUAA